UUCUAUUCGAAUAAGCAGACUCGAUGUGCCCUGGACAACGUAUCGCCGUUCUGAGAGCUCUCGCAUCCCGAUCCUCAGAAAGCUGAGUCUUCUGGAAAGUUUCGAAACUGCACGCAUUUUCCCGACACGCAAGAAAGAUUAAGUCUGUUUAAGAAAGUUUAGAAAUUCUUUCUUUUCUUUUUUAACUCUGACGAACGAUACAUCCGCCUCCAUCGAAAGAGUUUGCUCACGUGACAUCACAGCUAAAUAUAACAUCAUUCCGUCUGAAAUGAACUAGGAUACCUUCAGUAUGGCUGUUUCGCCUGGCUGUAAAGUCCGUGUACUCUAUGAUUUUGAAGGAGACCGACCUUCUGGAGAACUCGCCGUUUACACGGAUGAAAUUUUAACCGUGACUCGAACGGACGUCGGCGAGGGAUGGUGGGAGGGAAUUGGCCCUGACGGAUCUAGAGGUUUGUUUCCUGAAGCCUAUGUAGAGCUAGUAGAGUAUCCAGCACCACCGUUCAACGACCUCCAUCCUAUACCUUCGGCGCCUCUGCAUAAUCAGGGUUCAGUGGAUACAGCAGAUGGAUGGGAAGAUGAAUGGGAUGAUGAUGAAACUGUCAGCAACUACAGUGGGGGGGACCAGGAGUCAACAGUGUCAUCAUUGCCGAGAAGACACACCAAUUCAGGAAUGGUUAGAACAGGGACAGUGCGAAAGAGCAUGAACAGGUUCUCACACUUUGUGAAAUCUGGUGGAGAAGCGUAUGUCAUUGGUACACAACAGACUGAUGUAAAAGUUCCACAUAAUGAGAGAGUGUCAAUCAAGGAAGAUGGAGAUCGGAUUACUUGGUGCAACAACCCAGACCCAUUCACAUGUGAGAUAAAUUCCCCUGAGAAGAAGAGUAAAUUCAAAGGGAUGAAGAGUUUUAUUGCAUACAACAUAACACCCAGUAAUACUGGAGUUGUUGUCAGCAGACGGUACAAACAUUUUGACUGGCUCUUUGGUCGCUUGGUUGAGAAGUAUACAUCUAUAUCAGUUCCACCAUUACCAGACAAACAAAUCACAGGGAGAUUUGGUGAAGAGUUUGUGGAGAAAAGAAGAGAUAAACUUCAACAGUGGAUGAAUAGAAUAUGUCUUCAUCCUGUGCUAUCUCAAAGUUUGGUGUUCAAACAUUUUAUUACGUGUCGGGACAAUGAAAAGGAAUGGAAGCAAGGAAAGCGAGCAGCAGAAAAUGACAAACUUGUUGGUGCAUCUUUUUUUAUGACAGUUGACUGUCCACCACAAAGAUUAGAACUUGUGCAAGUAGAAAAUAGAAUGGAACAAUUUGGAAGAUUUAUCAAAAGUACAGACGAGAGUGUUAGGUCAAUUCAAGACAGAGGUCAAGUGCAUUGUGAGAAGUGCCAAGGAUCAUACAGGAGUGAAUAUAAGAAGAUUGGUAGCACUUUUGGAUCUCUUAGUGCAGCUUUUGCUAUUGAUCUAGAUUCACAAAGUUCCCAACAAUUAACUCAAGCGCUAGAGCAUACUGCAAAAACUUAUGACGAUAUUGGGGAAUUGAUAGCAGAACAGCCCAAGAAUGACUUUUUACCUUUGAUAGAAGGACUUAAGGAAUAUUCAGGAAUGUUAAGCACCUAUCCAGAUGUACUACAAGUUCACAAGGGUACAAUUGGCAAAGUGAAAGAAUGUCAGAGACUUAAAGAUGAAGAAAAGAUGGAGGAUUCUACCUUUCAUGAAGUGUGCUUACGAGCUGACACUAUAACAAAUGUUUCAUUUGCUGAAAUGAGCCAUUUUCAUGAUCAAAAAGUUGUAGACUUUAAAAGUAUGAUGCAGCACUUUCUUCAAGAACAAAUUAGCUAUCACCAAAGGGUGAUACAGAGGUUGGAAGAAUCCUUGAAGAUGUAUGAUAAUGUUCAAGUAUAACUCAUCAUACUCGUUUGAUAUUGAUUCACCCGUUAAAUACAUGCAUCUCUAAUUUUUUACACACAAUGAAAUGUACAAUUAUCAGCUUGAUUUGUCUUUUGUGGGAGUAAAAUUAUAGAGUAAAUAUUAUGACCAGAUAGCACUGUUUGUUGCAGUAAGCACCUCGUUAAUUAAGGUUCUUUAAAGUUUUUGUUAGGGUUCUAGUCAAAUUAUAGAAAAAUUCUAUUUUAGAUUCUAUGAACUGAUGGUAAUUACAGUGGUGCCUUUUUUAUAUGUGUGCAAAACUAACAUUUUGAUAUUUAAAUGAAAUCUUAAAUGAACCAGAAAUUAUUUUAUGAAGAACUAGCAGUCUUUCUUUGUGUCCCUUGUAUUAAUAUAUGCUUGUAGGGUCUUGAAAAUAGUGGAAAUCAACUGAGAUGUAGAACUUGUUAUGACUCAGAGGAUCACAACAUUUGUGAAGCUUAUUUAGGGAGAGAAAGAGAAAGAGAACCAAGGAAAUAACAUACUGGAAAACUCACAUGUUUUUGAACACCAGAACUAUUUCAGAACUGUUUUUGUGUCUAGAAAGAAGCCAAUUUGAUGUGAGAUAAAUGAACUGUAAAUAUCAGCAGUGAUAAGAAUGUGAAAAACAACCCCAAAAUAUUUCAGGUGUUCACCGUGUUUUCAGCUGGAUAGUAACCUUGUAUGCCAGCAAUGAAAGUGUUUCAUCAAUAUACCACUUUCAAACAAGGAGUCAAAAAUGAGAAAAGAAUCGAUUGUCAGUAUUUGUACUUUUGUACAAUAAUAUGCACCCUCACCAGGUGAUUGAUAUAUUGAGUUAAAAUAGAAAAUUGAGUUAAAAUUAAUUUUGUUAAAAAUUGAGUUUAUAUUAACUCUACAAUUCGUAAGAUCCAAUUAGAAUUCUCCCCAUGCUCUGACCACCGUGUAUUUCCUUUUAGAUUGAAAUAGAAUAAUUUGGUCUUAGAUCAGGACUGCCCUAUUUAGCCAAUAGUCUCUUCUCAAAGCCUGUUGAUAAGAAAACUUAUUGGAAUUACAAGGAGAAAUUACAUUAAUUUUAAAUCAUUUCUGGGGAUUUAAGGGUUAACUGGCUGUUGGUCAGGAAACAAUCCAAUAGCAAAGACAGAGCUCAGGAUGUGGCAGAAUUCUAGCUUAGCCAUAUAUAUGACCCAGUUGUAUAAAGGUGGAUUAAAUGCUCUCUAAUGGAUAAAUUGCUAUCAAGCAGAUGAGUGAUAGCAAAAUGUACUGCACUCCACUAGAUAUAUUUAUCCAGGGGAUAGCAUUAUCCAACUUUCCAACAAACAGCGCAUGGAGGGUUUUUGGCAAUUUAAAGGAAUUAUGAAACAAAACUAGGGAUUAGAGGGUUUAAAAAAAAAAAUGAUAUACCUUGGGUGGGUACAUUGUAUGGAUAUUUUGUCAAGUAAGCAAGAAAUCCUCAGAAAUAUUAGAGACAAAUGUGUGGCUUUGAGACUAAUUACAAGUUAGAGUGGUUAGUAAGUGCAUAGUGCAUCAUGAUUGUAAGCAAUGUAUAUGGGAUUGUAUAUAAUGAGGGCAUAGUUAGGAUUUUUCAAUGGUAAGCAUCAAUUUUUCUUAGUACAGAUCUUUUCCUCUAAUGUUAAUAUGCAUUAAUUUGCUCACAUAAUUACAAUAUUUUGUGCUCCCUCUGCUGUAUUUGUAAAUUAACAGAAAAUUGAUACAGAACAACAGACAAGCAAAAUAUAAAUGCGAUUUUUUUCCAUC